AUGACUCUAUUACAGAAUCCAUUUCUACUGAUCAUCUUUUCAACAUAUCCAGCAAUACAUGCCUCAUAUCACUAUGUCGGAUGUUAUACUCAAGUCUUCUACGAUAGUUUCUUUCAUAGUUCAUACAUGGAACCAUUGCUCUGCUUUCGUUUAUGUGACACACCAAUAAUUUAUCUGCAAAAGACGAUCUGUCGGUGUUCAGGCGGUGGUUUCAUGCAUUACAAUCGACAGAAUGAUAGCAGUUGUCCUAUUCCGUGUCCAAAAGCGACCGAUUCAAAACAUCUAUCAAACAAUACAUGUGGUGGAUCACGUACCUAUUCUGUCUAUAGUGAACAAGGUUUUUAUAGCCGACAUGGACAUUUGUUUAAUUAUCAAAUUAAAUUUUCUUCGUGUGAAUCUUGGGCAAAACAAGGCAUUUAUGAUACCAUAGAUAUUAAGCUAAACGAACUUCCAAUCAUAUCAUCAUUGAAUAAAUUAGAACAAUGUGCAGCUGUCUGUCUUGAUCGAAACAUAACGACGAAAUCAAUAGCAUUCAAUAAUGAUGAGAAUCGAUGUGUUUGCAUUAUGAGAUGGCAAAUUGGUACAACCGUGAAAAGAGAUCUCUUUGUGAAAACCUUAUCAAACCAUUCAUGCGAUCAUGAUUGUUCGAAUUCAGUUAAUGGAUCAAUCAGCGAACAGAGAUUUCGAUGUGGUUCGCUGAUUGACAAACAAAUCUGGGCAAUCUAUGAUGUGCAUGGAACAUGUGCAUCGGAUUUCAUCUACAUCAAAGAAUUAAACAAAUGUAUGAACACAUUUGAGUUCUCGUGGAAUAGUUGUUCACCACCUUCGAUAAGUUAUACAUACAAUGGAAAUAUAACAUGGAACGUCUUUCUUCAAAUAGUUGAACGAUUAGGAUUGAAAAAUUCCCAAGUUGCUGUUUAUUUUACUCAAGAUAUUGUCAUCGAUUCAUCACUCUUAUGUGCAAAAAAAUCAAUCGCACACACAGCACUGCUUCGGCAAUCACAAUUAUUGACGUAUUCAGCCUCGCCCGGACUGACCAAGCGUUAUAUAUUAGAAAACGGUUGUUUGGUCAAUGAAAAUACUCAACAAACCUCUUCUUAUCUAUACGCAAAUUACCUAUGUGUAGCUGAACCACUGAAUAAAUAUACUACGUCGUACGACAUUCGAGAUAGUUUAUAUUCUUUCAUCAAUGAAGAACCUGAGGAGAACUUUUGUCCACCACAGUGGAUAGAUUUGAAUGGACGAUGUUAUCGAAUGUCUUCGGAACGUAAAUCAAUUCAAGAUGCCAAGAGCAGUUGUAUUGCUAUUUCGAAAACAACUACCACGCGAAAUAGUGCUUCUAUUGUUCAACCGGAAAACGAAGACGACGACGACGAUGAUGGAUUGGACGAUCAGUUAAAUUUCACUCCGAAAGGUGAUAUCGUUCAGUAUACAUCUCCAUGGCAAGCUCGUCUUGGCUUUUUUCUUUUGGAUAAAAUUCCUGACGCUGACGAACAAUGGGAUGACCAAACAGCCACUCAAAAAUUUAAUAUCUAUUAUGAAGAUCUGGGCUUAUUCGCAAUUGAUGCAAUUAGUAAUCAAGAUUUUCAGAUGAUUAGUCCAAUUGAAAACAAUACUGUAAACAUAACUGAUGAUUCAUGUAUUGUGUUAUCGCGUACGGAAGUUAAACCAGAAGAAAGACCGGUAUUGAAAGCGACGGGCAUGAGUAACUGUUCGACCCAUCGGCAUGUUCUAUGUGAAACAAAAACGUUGAUCGUUGAUCGUUUUCAAAAAUCUUGUUUUCGUAAACCAGCGCUAAUGGGUCUGCCAGCUUUAAUAUCGAAUAAUUUAACACAUGAAUUAUGCUUAACUAUUUGUGAAGAAUUGCAAACGACUCUAGUUAUCAUUCAUAUGGAUAGAUGCUAUUGUUUAAAUGAUUAUGUUUUACGACCGAUGAAUUUCACCAAUGAUCUGAGUAAAUAUCAACGAACAAGCUGUGGACAAGUCUGUUCAGGUAAUCGACAUGAACAAUGCGGAGAUAAUGAUACGAUUGUUGUCUUUGAUAUAUCCCAAUCUCGACGUGCAUAUUCAUACUAUCCGACAACGUUCCAGCCAUAUCUUGAUUUUUCGUACGAUAAAUGUGUACAUAUAUCUUCGUUCGAUCCGAAUAGAUCGUACAAGUUUACUUUUAACGAUAGUCUCGAUCUUCAUCCUCGUCACUGUUUAGAGUUUUGUACGAUUAAUCAACAAAAAUACGCUCUUAUCAACUCGAACCGAUGUUUUUGCACGAAUAUGUCAACUACGCAUAGCAACAAUAAUAUGCGUCUCCUUUCGAAGCAGCAUUGUUCUCAAGAAUGUUCGGGCAAUUAUUUCUACACAUGUGGAAAUCCAACUAGUUCUACGAUCUAUUCUGUGUACACCAGACAGCCAAAAUGCCGACAUGGAUUUGAAAUGACACAGAACAGAGAACAAUGUGUCUAUGGGCAUUAUUCCACACGGACAAAUUCCUAUGAAUCCGCUCGGUCUAAUUGUGAUUCUCUUGAUAGUUCACUUGCGAAGAUUAAUGACAUUUUAGAGCUUCAAGAUCUUCUACCCAGAUCAACAGUAUACACGCAUGUGUUUCUCUGGAAUCAACUUGCUAACGUUCAAGCUUCAGUUUUACUUAAUUUUAGCAAAUAUUUUUGGUUAGAUCGAACAACGAACAAAGCAAGUGAUCCGAUCGAUUCAAGUGAUUUACUUCUGACUAAAUGCUCACAAUCAUCUCCAACUACCGAUCGUAACUGUUUCGCUUUGUCAUUGAAAAAGACGCCAAAUAUCAGUGAGCUUUGUGUAACUGAAUCCGAUGAGUGCACUACGAAAUCAGCAACUCCUAUUUGUGUUAAUGAUAAAUUCGAAUUGAAUUACACAUCGAAUAUCCGUCCGUGGAAGGACGACAUCUCAACUGUCAUAGCAACAAACAUUUCAAUGGAUUAUUCUUGCGGUGAUAAUCGAACAGAUUACCAUUUUAUUGAUGAAUAUUGCUAUAAAAUCACCUUUCAUGAAACGACCUGGAGCGAAGCCAAGAGCACAUGUGAAAAAGAAAAUGCAAUAGUUUUUGUUCCUGAAACGCACAUCACAUUGUCACUGGUUAGAUCAUUAUUCAUACGACGAACGAAUUACAUUGCGUCGGGCUAUGCUCAUGUUGGUGUUAAAUACGAUACUCAAAAUCGAACUGUUAUCGAGUCGAAUAUUAAUAACAAAGUGGUAGUCGAAGUUAUUCCUGACUCUAAUGCUAUUUAUGACCUAUGUGAAAAAACAUUUCACGAACGUUAUACAGCACUCAUGUCAUCAACGAGCACUUCAAGCAAUGAACGCGAACAAAUGAAAACAAAACAAAUGGGUUGUGCAUAUGUAGACUUAUUAUCAGAUACAAUGCCACUUAUCCGUUGUGAUGAAAUUCCUUGCGAUCGAAUAGCAACGGUGAUAUGUCAAAAACUACCAAUAGUAAAACAAAAUCUGGUCAAAGUCAAACGAGAAGAAAUUCCUGCGUUCGCUGAGAUUGGCUCCAGAUCAGGAUCGUUACCAAGUCAAAUAUCGAGUUUAUCAUGGGAUAAUUCCAAGUCCGUUCUCCGAGAUUUUGCUCCAAUACUUGGCAUUUUAGCCCUGUUAUGUAUAUUCCUACUUCUCGGACUUAUCAAUAUGUUACACAAUCACAAUUUAUUACCGUUCGUUUCACAUGCAAGAAGGAGGCAAAAUAUCAAUCUAGCCUAUACACCAUUGACAUUAACGAGUGAAUUCAAUGCGGAUCGGGAUGAAAUUCUUACAUAG